AUGAAAGGAUGCUCCAAGGAUGACCAAUGCUGUUACACCCACCGCCUCGUCCACGUCCUCGUCCUCAUCCUCCUGUUGUCUGUUGAGUUUCAAUAAUGCCGUCACCAUAGUUGGUAGCUCGAUGACUCCAUGCAACGGUUCGAUAUCGGAGUGCUAUGCAGAGGAAGAGACGUUAAURGAGUCGGAGAUAAGUCGGAGGUUUCUUGAACAGCAAAAGAAGUACAUAUCAUAUGAUGCUCGGAAGAAGGAUCAACCAGCUUGUAAAGGAGGCAAAGGCAAACCUUAUACUGAAAGUGAAAGCUGCCUUCCUCCUCCAUCUAAUCCUUAUGACAGAGGCUGUAGUCUGAUAUAUCGAUGCAAGUCUUAGUCUUAAGCUGUCCAACUUUCACUCACAUGACCUUUUUCUUUUUUCUCUUUUUCUUUUCUUCAAGAA